AUGCAUGAAGUAGUUACAAUAUCAGUUUCACAGAGAGCCAACCAUUUGAACACCCAAUUCUUCAAUAUACAAGAAGGCUAUUUGCAACUCUCUAAAGAGCAACAAGUUAACGACUCCAAAAUUUUUUUGAAUCCAACUGUAGAUAAAGUUUCAAGAACAGUUUCAUUUACACCACGUGCCUUACUUUGGGACGCUCGUACAGGUAAUGGUUCAUUAGGAACAUACCAAUAUUCAGAAACUCAAGACUAUCAUUUCGGCAAUGAGGACAGAUUCAAGGACCAAACAAUCAUAAAGACUCAUCCAAAAAUACCCAAAUCCGAAUAUCAAAGUGCUUUAGAUGCGGGAACACCGCUCCCUACUUUGAGUAGGGAGAAUACGAAGUACUGGUCUGAUUAUUCUAAACUUAUCUAUGGUCCCUCAAGUUUCAAUAUUCUGAGGGAUUGGUACCAUGACGUUGAAAACCCGAAUCAACCUGACUUUCAAAACUUAGGUGAACGAAAGUUUGACAGAUAUUCUAUUGGUUAUGACGAAUUUACCGAAAAUUACUUGCAAGAGUUUUUUGAUGGAAAUUUGCAUACAGAAUUGGAAAAGUGUGACACCUUACAGGGGCUAAAUCUCGUAAGUGAUGUAGAGAGCGGAUGGGGUGGUUUUUCUAGCGCUCUACUACUGGAAUUAAGAAAUGAAUUGCCAAAAAAGACAGUCUUUUCAUGGGGGUUUAAUGAGGAUGAUCCAUUCACAAAUGACUCUCCUAUGAAAGGACUUUCCAAGAAGUGGCUUCCAAUCAUUUCGAACAAAUUGCGAAGUACAAUAAAUAUGAUGCUAGAAUCUGACCUUUAUUUUCCAUUGUACGCCUCUCCUGGGCUGACAAAUUGGGAAACUGCAGGCGAGAACUGUAGGAUUUUGGAUUCUAUAAACGCAACAGUUUCCCAAAGCAAUCUUGAGCAAAGGAAGACAAUGGAUUAUUUAACCACUGCCGUCACUUUGGGGUAUUCAUCAAGGAAUAUGAUCACUGGCAUGGUUAUCGGUAAUACCGAUUACUCAUUCUGUUCUCAAAUAGCCCCCUUCAAGAAUAGCCAUAAGCACAACGGUGCUCAUGUAUUUUCGAGAAGUUUUAUUGAUAGGAGAAGCCAAAUGUGUCAAAACCAUUCCGAGCCUGAUCCUCAGAGUAAAAUUAUUGAAAUGCGUACACACAGAUAUUUCCCAUCUGAUACGAUACCAGCAGAAUUUUCCCGUGAUUAUGAAUUUGCUUUGGAAUUAAAAUCUUCAGAAAAAAGUCGAGAUAUAUUCAAGCAUUGGAAUGAAUUUGUAGUAAGGUACUUUAAAAAUGAUAAUGACAGAGAAGAAUUGAAAAAUCAACUUUCCGAUUACGCCUCAGCGUACGAAUCUGGAUGGUAUGAAGACGAAGAUUCGGGUGAUGAUGAUAUGUGA